AUGAGUUCACCUGGCCCAACAAAAACUGCUCUGUCAGAACAAAAGGAAUUGGAACUAAUUGAAAAAGUAGAGUUGAAAUUAGCAUUCGCAGAUAAUUCAAUCAAAUAUCAACAAAAUUUGGAUAUAUUCUUAGCUCCAUUAUUAUUAAAAUUAAAUUCCAUUCAUGAUUCAGUAAGAAAGGCAGUCUUUAAUUCAUUGAAAAAUAUAUUAUCAAGAUUAAACACUUCAACUGAUAUUAAAUUACCUAUAUCAAAAUUAUUAAAUCAAGUACAUUCCCAAUCUCAAUCUCAAUUGCAAUCUGAAAAUCAAGAAUCAAAUCAAGUCAUACUGUACAGUCUAUUAUUAAUAUCAAAGGGAAUUGAUAGAUUAUCUAACGAGGAAAAACAUGAUUUAGUACCACAAGUAAUGAAUGGAAUUUCCAAACUUUCUUCAAUUUCAGCAAAGGCAAGAACUUUCCAUAUAUUAUGUAAAUUAUUAUUAUCAUGGAACCCACCUUUAAAGGGGACUCCACAAGAACAAGAUACCAUAACAUUCUUACAUUUACCUGAUUCAAAUGAUUUCCAAUUCUUACUAAAUUAUUUUACUAAAUUUUUUUUCUUAAUUCCAGCAAAACCAGAUCCUCAAACCCCAACAAUUAUUCCAAGAGGUUAUACAUGUCCAGGUUUAUCCAAAGAUGAUGUUUCAUUUUUCACUUAUAGUGCUGGGAUCACUUUCAAUAAAGAUCAAUUAUUAAAAUUUAAAUGGGGGAUUUUCAAAUUCGUAACAAAUGGAUUUGUAUCAAAUGAUCAAGUGUUAAUCAAAUUCAUAUCCGUGGUAUCCACAGAUCAAUCAUCAUCAUCCUUAUCAGAAGCAGCAAUACAAUUCAGUAAAAGAUUACAAAUACCACAUGAAGAUAUAGAUUUCAUUCAAUAUUUAAUUGAUUUAUAUACAGGUGAUAAAUCAAAUGGUAUACCACCUGUAAAUCAUUUCUUACAAGAAAAAAUUUUAAUUAUUUUAAAUUCAAGUAUAGUGGCCACUUCAAAUCAUAAAAACGUUUCAAAAAUUUGUUCCAUUGGUUUAAACUCUUCUCAUUUUAAAUUAAGAUCAUUAUGUUUAAAUUUUAUUCGUCAUGUCACCAAGUAUAACCACAUGAAUUUAAUUGUUCAAGAACAAGAUGCUGCUGAGAACACAAGUGAAGAUUUUACAUUGAAUAUCAACAUUGCAUCAUUAAUUAGAAAUAAUUUACAUGCAGAAGGAUGGCCAAGAUUACAAUUGAAUUCAUCAACUCCAGUGUUCAGUACAACAUUGGAACAAAGAAGAUUACAAUACGAAACAUUAGGUGACAUCUUAAAGAAAAAUUUACAAUUAAUUUCAGAUUUCUCAUUCAUUGAAUUUCUUUUCGAUUCAUUAAUUGGUGAUUUAUCGGAAUUUAGAUCAAGUAUUCAAGAAGCGUUAUUAUCAUUAUCUCAUUAUCUUUAUAAAUUACCACCAUCAUCAAAGGAAAAAUUGAAAAAAUUAGCAAGAACAUAUUUACAAAAUGAUGAUAAACUUGAAAAUGAUCCUUCAAAAUCAUCACAACAAGAAUCGAAAGAAAAUGUUGAUUCAAUAAUGUCAGUUAGAUUCAUCUUAAUAAAAUUUAUUAAUGCAACUUUCCCAUUUGAUGAUCAAGAAGCAAGAUUAUUUAAUAUUUUUGGUACUUCUCCAUAUAAUAAGUUCGAUAUCAUCGAACAAUCCUUUAAAGGACUACAUCCAUAUUGGUUUAGAAUUGAACAAGCUUCAAUCCGUCAAACGGAUUCUGACUCUGACUCUGACUCUGACCCCGAUAAAGAUGGCGGCAAGAUAAUUAAAACUAUUGAUAAAUUAGGUACAGAUACUAAUAUACAAACAAUUUUCCCCAAUUUUAAAGAUUUUAUAGAUUUAAUAUUAUCAGAAAUUGCUUCGAUCCAAAACAACAACAACAACUUUUCCUCAACCACACCUACCAUAAGAAACUGUCUCAAUACUGCAGUUAGAUUCAGUAAACAGGCCCUAAUAUCACAAGCUAUACAAAAACUAGAACAAGCAAAAAUUAUUGUCACACAAGAUGAAGAUUGGUCCAUAAGAAUUGAAAAAUCAAUUGAAUUAGAUGAUAAUGUAUCCCUCGCAGUGAACAAAUUGAUUUCCCAAUUCAAUAGUGAUCAAUGGUUCCAUGAUUUUUUGAAAUUACUUUGUGCCGAAUUCAUAAUAAAGGAUGGUAAUGGUAAAAUUAUUGCAAUCUCAAAUAAACCAGAUGUCAUCUUUGGUGACACAUUACUAACCAUCUUAAAAUUAUCGAAUGUCACAAUAUUACAAAGCAUUCAAUCAUUAGUUCCCGAUUUAUUCCAUUAUUUAGAAGGAAUUCAAACUAAUACGGAUAAAGACUUAGAAAUAUGUGCUAAUGUCCUUGCGAUUAUUACUUCAAGUGGCUCUUUUGAUGAUGUCUCGACCUCACAACUUUUAAGUAAAAUAUCCAAUAUCCCAACUGAUACAACUAACUUAGUAUCACAAUUACCAGUUUUAUAUGUUUCCUCUUAUAUCAUUCCAAGGUUGUAUCUAAGAGAUAUGAAUUCUCUGUUUAUUCAAAACAAUAAGCCUUUAAUCAAAUCGUUAAUCGAUCGUCUUAUAUCAUCAUUGAAUUCUACAACAACAGGUUCUCCAAGGAAAACAAUCUUGAAACUGAUAUCUCAAGUUCUUAAAUACGGAUUAUUAUCCAUUUUAGAUGAAAUUGACAGAAUAUCAAUUGUAGUAUCAAUCACACAAAAUAUAAGAGAUAAAUUAAUUAAUGAUGAAAUUGCUAUCGCAACAUGGGGUUAUCUAUCAUUAUAUUCCAAUGAAUUUGAUGAAAAUUUGAAAUCUGAAAUUUUUUAUGAAAAAUUGUUCGAUACUUACACUUCGAAACAAGUUGAAUUUCUUUUCACCACGGGUGAAGUAAUGUCUAUCCUGGCCGGUGGUUGGAAUUCUAAAUUCUUACUUAAACAAUUAGAUUUGCUCGACAUAAAUCCAUCAAUAAGUUCCCUUCAAACAACAUUCAAUGAUCAACAUUUAGACACCAUUCUUGAUAAAGUAUUAAAAUCAUGUGACUCCACAAAACCAAGUUUAAGAAAGGCAAGUUGUAUUUGGCUUUUAUCAAUACUUCAAUAUUUAGGUCAUCAUCCAAAAGUGAUUUCUCAAUCAUCUCAAAUCCAUUUAAGAUUUAUGAAAUUUUUAGCUGACCGUGAUGAAUUCCUUCAAGAAUCUGCAGCAAGAGGUUUAAGUUUAGUGUAUGAGAUUGGUAACGCAGAUUUGAAGGAAACUAUGAUCAAGGGUCUUUUAAGAUCAUUCACAGAUUCCACUUCAGCAGCCACUACCCAAAUGACAUCCGGCUCACUCUCUGAAGAAACAACGUUAUUUGAGCCUGGUAUGAUGAAUACUGGAGAUGGAUCAGUGAGUACUUAUAAAGAUAUAUUGAAUUUAGCUUCAGAAGUUGGUGAUCCAUCUCUUGUUUAUAAAUUCAUGUCUUUGGCCAAAAGUUCUAGCCUAUGGUCUUCAAGGAAAGGUAUAGCAUUUGGGAUAGGCGCCAUCAUAUCAAAAUCAUCAUUAGAACAAAUGUUAUUAGAAGAUCAAUCUACUGCUAGAGUUUUAAUUCCAAAAUUAUUUAGAUAUAGAUUUGAUCCUUACUCAAUUGUGUCGCGUUCAAUGAAUGAUAUAUGGAACUCUUUAAUUUCAAACUCAUCAGCAGUUAUCUCAAAAUAUUUUGAUGAUAUUUUGAAGGAAUUAUUAACUAGUAUGUCUAAUAAAGAAUGGAGAGUUCGUGAAGCAAGUACAAAUGCCUUGCUACAAUUAAUUCAAACUCAACCACAAGAAAAAUUUAAUGAUCAGAUUUUAGAUAUUUGGACUAUGGGAUUUAGAGUAAUGGAUGAUAUAAAAGAAAGUGUUAGAGAAGCAGGUACGAAAUUUACAACUGUAUUAUCCAAGAUAUUAGCAAGAUCAAUUGAUAUCAGUAACGGUGUUAAACCAGAUAAAUCAAAACAAAUUCUAGAUAUGAUUUUACCCUUUUUAUUAGGUACAAAGGGCCUUAAUAGUGAUGCCGAAGAAGUUAGAAAAUUUUCCUUGACGACUUUAAUUGAUUUAGUGAAAAAUACUGGUACAGCAAUUAAACCGUAUGCACCUGAGCUAGUUUAUGAUUUUACUUUAUUAUUCUCAUCCAUUGAACCUCAAGUAAUUAAUUAUUUGACAUUAAAUGCUAAAAAUUAUAAUAUAGAUGCAGAAACCAUUGAUAUCCAUAGACAGAAAGGUGUUAUCGCUUCUCCUUUGUUUGAAACGAUUGAUAAAUUAAUAUCAAAAUCUGAUGAUUCGACAAUGGAGGAACACAUAAAUUACAGUAUUAAAGCUGUGAAAAAAUCAGUGGGGUUGCCUUCCAAAAUUGCAGCUUCUCAAGUUAUGAUUUUGCUGGUGAAAAGAUAUGGUUUGGAUUUGAAAUCAUAUACCGGUAAAAUGUUGAAAGUCUGCAUGAGCAUGUUAGAUGACAGGAAUGAAUCUGUGAAUAUGGCAUUUGCAGUAACUAUAGGACGUAUAUAUAAUAUUACCGGAGUAGAUAAAGCAGUGAAGUACGCAAAACUGAUAGUUGAAAGAUAUUUUAAUGUUAAUAAUGCUUCUUCGAAGAACGUUGUUGGAGUAACAUUAGAAGCUAUUUUGAAUCAAGCACCUGCAUCUUUUGAAAAUUUGGGGGACAUUUUUAUCCCCUUGAUAUUUAUUGGAUCAAGCGAUGUUGAAGAAAAAACUAGAACUCUCUAUUCUAAAAUAUGGACAGAAGCAUCGACAUCUGGUGCAGGAGCAAUUAAACUAUAUCUGAAUGAAAUAUUAAAUUUGGUGUCUGCUAAUAUUGUGUCGAAUGAUUUUGGGAUUAGAAGAUCAUGCGCUAAAUCUGUCUCUACCUUAUGUCAUAUUAUUGAUGGGAACGUUCCAGAAGAACAGAUUUUGAAAUUAUUUGAAAUUCUUAAUAAAUCAUUAAUUGGAAGAUCAUGGGAUGGGAAAGACUUGAUUGUUGAUGCAUUAGUGUCAAUAACAGGUAAAUUUGACGAGUUUGUGAAAAAUAAUAAUGACUUGAAACAAUCCAUUUUGAAGACAUGUAAUACUGAAGUUUCUAGGAAUAAUGAUUCAUAUGUUAAAAAAGUAAUUCUUUCAUAUGCAAAUCUAUUAAAGAUCUUCCCGGAAAAAGACUUGAUUAUUAUAUUGCUUUCUCGUUCACAUCAUAUUUUAAACAUCAUACAAGAGAAACAAGGUAUGAAUGAUGAGAUGAAAGGAAAUGAAAAUAAUGAUGUGGAAUCUUCAAAUAAGAGAAUAAAGACUGAUUCUGAUGUCAGUAAAAAGUCUUCGAAGUCUAAUAUUGAAAAGGAAGAAUACGUCAUAAAGUUACUUCAUUCCUGUGCGGAUAUAUGUGAAGUACUAACUAAGAAUGAAGAUGCAUCAUUAUACUCAGUUGAGCUUUUGGAUUUUGUUGUAGAUAAUACUAUAUCAUUAUUUGAAAAUGAAACCAUAAUUUACACGUGGAGAACUCAAAUAGCAGGCAGUGAAUUAGGUAUCAAACUAACAAACUACAACAGCAAUGAAGUACUUGAUGAAGUUUUAAAACAAAGGUUGUCGAAAUUAUGGAAUAAACUAAUUAAAUAUAAUAGUGAAAGAGAAACGAUUGAAAAUGUUAAAUUGAAAUUAAUUAAGUUUGGAGGAGUUCUGAUGAGUAAGUUUGUUGAGUUAAGACCCACUAUUGAAGAAUCGCUACGCCGCAUAUCUGAACUUGAUGAAACAUCCAGAAUCGUGAAUGAGCUUAAGAAUAUCGGCUUAUAA